UGAAAGCUGUGGGUGGACUGCUGGUGAUGUUGGUCAGUUUCUUAUGCUCAGAAAUGUCCAGUCGUGGGAUGUUGAAAGCGGAAGAAAAAUAAGCCCUCCUUAGUUACACCUCAGAGAAAAAGAAAAACAAAAGAUGACUAUAACAAUGUUCUUAUAGGUCAAAGCUUUUAACAGGAUACAUUGCAGGCUGUUUCUAUCUGGGUCUCACACACUGAACAGAGAGGAGACAUGAAAGCUGCGGUGGGACUGCUGGUGCUGCUGGUCGGAGUUUCUUAUAGUGUGGAAACUUACUGUGAUGCCAGACAGGAUGGAGCUCAGUGUUUUGGAACUUUGGAAGGAAGUGUGGACAUCCAACUGAUGGACAGCACCUCAGAAUUACCUAGAUACCAAUUAUUAAAGAAUUCUUUAAAAAUGUUAGAUGUGAAAAAUGAUCAGGUUAAUAUGAUAGGAAACAGGUCUAUCUUUAUUGCCAGUAAUGGAACAUUUAGGCUCAAUAACCUGAGCAGGACAGACAGUGGUAAUUAUAGCCUUAAAACCUAUGAUUCAGAUGGAAGAUCAUCAGGCGUGCAAACUUUACAGUUGUUUAUUCAAGCUCCUGUGUCCUCUGUCCUGCUGGUCUCUGAGUGUCUGUCCCAGGGAGAGAGGAGGGUGUCUUGCUCCUCUGAGGGAGGGGACAGUCCUCAGUACACCUGGACUCUGGAUGGACGCACACUGACAGAUGCUGAACUCUUUUCUGUAAAUACUAAGACUAACAUCAUCACUCUGAAACAGCACGUCUCAGGACGUCUGGUCUGCUCAGUCAGGAACAAUGUCAGUAGUGUCUCCAAAGAGGAGAUGAUAUCCACCUGUGGCUUCAUUUUCAUUAACUGCACUUCAGUCAAUGGGACACAGAUAUCAGGGUGGGUGUAUGAAGCCAAUAAUACCCUGUGUAUUGAAACAACAACAGACCAUACACAAACUGGCACUGUGUCAAAAGAAAACUCCACUAGCAGCAGUGAUGACCCAUGGUACAUAAGAUAUUUCCCACUGGUUGGUGUUGUUCUCUCAGCAGCUGUAAUUUACUUAGUUGUGGGUGUAGCACUCAUCUGUGCUCAGAGGCAAAAGCAAAACUACAGACCAACAAAACAAAAAGAUGAAGAAGGUGACCAUGAAGUAAGCUAUGCUAAUCUAGGGGUCAUGAAACAGCAGGAGAAGCAAGUGGAGCAAACAGGACAGGUGGAAACAGAGGUGGAAGCAGAGGUGGAAGCAGAGGUGGAGUAUGGCCAAGUCAAGAUUUCAAAGCUCCCUCAGCACACUGAACCUACAGAAGACGAUUGCUUGUACGCCAGGGUUCAUAAAGUCAGGUGAAUUAAGAGCUUCUAUGCAGAAUAACCACUGAAGAGCCACAGAGGAGGACUUGUUGUCAAGAUGUGUGAAUGUCUCUCAUUUAUUGUGAUUUUCAGUGUAUGAGCUUUUCACAUCAAAGCUCAUACAUAUUGAUUUUCUUCACUUUCACUGCACUUGUUGUUCAUAACAGGGCAUAAAUCCAUACUGUAUUAGGUGGCUCUCAAUUACAAGCACCAUGAGUGUAUUAUUAUAUUUUUUAUUUGUAUUCUGUUAAAGAUCUGAGAUUUCCUCCUGUCGUCAGCGUGACAUGUUUUUCACUUAUCUCGUUAAAGAAAUAAGGUAAAAUUGAAAAACAUUUUUUGACAAAUUUCACUGCAGCAACACUUUACAGUGAUCCAAAUGUACAUAUUGAAUAGAAACAAUCAAUAAUAACUCAUUAUUAUUAAUACAUUAUUAUAAUAAUACUAAAAUAAUAUUUUUAAUGUCCAUAGAUAUUCACAAACAUUAAUCAUUAAUAAUAUCUGUCCCAGAUAUCACAACCUGUUCCAGUAAAGAUGACUCAGUUUGUUCUUUAUUGUAUUUUUAUUUAGUUAAGUUAACAGUGUCAGUGUAAUGAAAGAUUUGUUAGAUGGUAAUUCUUAUUUAUGUCUUUUCUUAGUGGAACUUCUAACUUUUCCUUUAAAUACAAGUUAUGGUUUAAAAUUGGUAUUCCGGUGUUCAUACACCACUUUGUAUUUAAUGGACGUUUUUAUAAAUCUCUUGCUCUCAGCAUCUCUUUGGACCUGUCUUCCUCCUCUCACCCCCCAGCACUCACAGCAGAUGGCUGCCCCUCCCUUUUACUUAUUUUCUAAUUGAUUAUUUUACUCAAAAUGUUUCUGCAGGUGUAACAGUAUUGCUUAUAGCCUAUAGUUAGUCACUGAUUCUUAUGAAGGCCUGUAUGUGAACUGCUCUCAUAUAGAAUAAA